CUCUCGCCUUCGUUUCACCGGGAAAUAUAUAUAUAUAAAAAAGGUCUUUACAGUACAAAACGAACAGAGGAGAAAGAAAAUGGUCAAGAAAAUCUAAAUCAAGCGAUUUUCGGAGAAAACAAUCCGAAUUCCUCGAUUUUUCCUCUAUAAUUUGCGUUCCUCGAUCUAGGGUUUCCAUUUCUCCCUCCCUCUCGAUUGGAGAUCUUCGAACGCAUGCGCAGGAAUCAUCGUCUGUUCUAUCCUUGAAUCUUCUUUGAGAAACAUCUGAAGCUUAGCUGUCGCAUCGGGACCUGUUCGAGUCGUUCGGGUUCUUGUUAUUUGGGGUUCGGAGGGAGAGAUGAGGAAGGUGGCGGUCGGAGCGGCGGUGGUUUGCGCCGCGGCCGUCUGCGCCGCGACGGCGUUGGUGGUGCGCCACCGCAUGCGGAGCUCUUCCCGGUGGGCCCGGGCCAUGGCCAUACUGAAGGAGUUCGAGGAAAAGUGUGGGACGUCGAUCGCGAAGCUGAAGCAAGUGGCUGACGCCAUGACGGUGGAGAUGCAUGCUGGUCUCGCCUCCGAAGGUGGGAGCAAGCUCAAGAUGCUCAUCAGCUACGUAGACAAUCUCCCCACUGGGGAUGAGAAUGGAUUGUUUUAUGCUUUGGAUCUUGGUGGCACAAACUUCCGAGUCUUGCGUGUGCAGUUGGGUGGCAAAGAUUUACAUGUUGUUAAGCAGGAAUUUGAAGAAGUUUCGAUUCCUCCACAUUUGAUGGUUGGGACAUCAGAUGCAUUAUUUGAUUAUAUCGCUGCGGCACUUGAAAAGUUUGUUGCGACAGAGGGUGAAGGUCUUCAUGUUUCACCUGGUAAACAAAGGGAGCUGGGUUUUACCUUCUCAUUUCCAGUCAGGCAAUUGUCAAUUUCAUCAGGGACGUUAAUUAAAUGGACUAAAGGCUUCUCUAUAGAUGACACAGUUGGACAAGAUGUGGUUGGAGAAUUGACAAAAGCCAUGGAAAGAACUGGCCUUGAUAUGCGCGUGACUGCUUUGGUCAAUGAUACCAUUGGGACAUUAGCUGGAGGAAGAUACUACAGCAAGGAUGUCAUUGCUGCUGUUAUCUUGGGCACGGGAACAAAUGCAGCAUAUGUGGAGCGAGCACAUGCAAUUCCUAAGUGGCAUGGCCCUCUACCCAAAUCAGGAGAGAUGGUUAUUAAUAUGGAGUGGGGUAACUUUAGAUCAUCACACCUUCCAUUGACUGAAUAUGAUCAUGCACUGGAUGCUGAGAGUUUAAACCCUGGUGAACAGAUUUUUGAGAAGAUUAUAUCUGGUAUGUACUUGGGAGAGAUUGUACGCAGAGUCUUGUAUAAAAUGGCUGAAGACGCUGCCCUUUUUGGUGACACUGUCCCGCCAAAGCUAAAAAUUCCAUUCAUAUUGAGGACUCCUCACAUGUCAGCAAUGCAUCAUGACACAUCUCCUGAUCUAAGAGUGGUUGGAAGCAAACUGAAGGAUAUCUUAGAGAUAUCUAAUACUUCAUUGAAAACAAGAAAAGUUGUUGUUGAGCUCUGUGAUGUUGUUGCCUCUCGUGGGGCUCGUCUUUCUGCUGCUGGUAUAUAUGGCAUUCUGAAGAAGUUGGGAAGAGACACGGUUAAGGAAGGGGAGAAGCAGAAGUCAGUGAUAGCCUUGGAUGGAGGGCUGUUUGAGCACUACUCCAAAUUUAGCACCGGUAUGGAGAGCUCCCUGAGGGAGAUGCUGGGAGAGGGAGUCUCUGAGAAUAUCAUCAUCGAGCACUCCAAUGAUGGCUCGGGCAUUGGUGCUGCCCUCCUCGCAGCUUCGCACUCCCAGUAUGUUGAGGCUGAAGAGUCUUGAGCAGGUUGGAGCUAGGGUGCUUUUUUGAAAGAAAGCUUCAUUUUUUGUUAUUGCAUAUUUUUUUUGUCCAUUUAUCCUUUCUUUCCACAACUUGCGCCCGAUCGAUAGAGCACCAGCAACUUUUAUUUAUGCUCCCGCAGCGCAUGUAAGCGAGCAGCGGGGACAGCAUGCUGUUGGAGCACCUGGAAUUGGCCACAAUCUUUACUGUUCAGCCUGCCAUUCUGCUCCUUUGUUAAAUGUUGGAGGAAAUUGGCAUCUUGCCAUUUACUUUCUCCUUGAAGAAUAAAUUAGGGAUUUUAAUUGUUUCUUUGAGUGGCUACUGCAAAUAAAAAUAAGAAUUGUUUUGAUAUUAUUAA